AUGUCUUCACCAAAUUUACCAUCUGGAAUCAUAAAAAAAUCAUUAUUAGUUUUGGAUUCUUUUAAAGCACAUAAAACUUCACAAGUAAAACUUGCAUUUAAAGAUGAAAAUAGUAAUUUGGCCAUAAUUCCUAGUGGGUUUACAUCAGUGAUGGCAGUUGGAAAUUUCAAUUUAACCAAAGGUGUUAAUAUUAAAAAACUUGGUUAUAAUGUUAUUUGUAAUUGGAUUUUAGAAGCAUGGGAUUCUAUACCAAAAGAGAUGGUUAUUAAAUCAUUUAAAAAAUGUGGUAUUUCAAAUUCAAUGGAUGGAAUGGAAGAUCAUAUGAUAUAUGAAUCUGAUGGUGAGAAUAAUUAUGAAGCAAAUUAUGAUCAUGAAGUAAUUUUAAAAGAUGAUAUAUCAGCAUAUGGUUCAGAUAUUGAAGAUAAUGAAAAUAAUAUAUUAAGUGAUUAA